CGUCCGCAGCCUAGCAGCAGACCUGACGGCGUAAACAAAGCAGACAGCUAUAAUUGAGCUAACGCUAAGUGACUAUUGUUUCGUGGCUAAAAUACUUACUGUAGCUGCAAUAGGUUAUAUACGAAACCCCGUUUUAAUGUAAUGGUGAGCACAACUUUCAUUCGCACGGUAAAGGACUUACUCAUGGGCUGAGGCUGAAACUAAACGAGUUAACAAGGUGUCGUUAUCGCUAGCUACAUUAGCUUUAGCUAAUAACGGGACUCGGAUUUUGUAGUUCUGAAAAUCGAUUUUAACUAACAUUUAUCGACAACAUAUGGCAACAGCCACUUUGUUUAUCAGCGCUGGUUACGCCGAUCAUUUUUAAAAAGCUGCUAACGUUGACGCUAUCACGAGUUAGCUUGCUAUGUAGAUAAUUUAGGCGAUCAGCUGUUUAAACAGGGUUGGCUAGUGGUGUGGCGAUUCUGGCUAGAUGACCACUUGAUUGCAGUCAUCUGGCCUCCGACUGCGAUGUUUAGCCUGAUGGCGAAUUGCUGCAACUGGCUGAAACGCUGGCGGGAGCCUGCAAGGAAAGUGACUCUGGUUAUGGUGGGACUGGAUAAUGCAGGGAAGACAGCCACAGUAAGAGGAAUCCAAGGAGAGAAUCCCCAGGAUGUAGCUCCUACAGUGGGGUUUUCCAAGGUUGACCUAAAGCAGGGCAAGUUUGAGGUGACUAUCUUUGACCUGGGUGGCGGGAAGAGAAUCCGGGGCAUAUGGAAGAACUACUAUUCAGAGUCGCACGGUGUGGUGUUUGUGGUGGACUCCAGCGAUGUCCAGAGGAUCCAGGAGACACGGGACACCAUGGCCGAGGUCCUCCAGCACCCGCGCAUCGCAGGGAAACCUGUGCUAGUGCUUGCCAACAAACAAGACCAGGAGGGAGCGUUGGCUGAAGCAGACAUUAUUGAGAACCUGUCGUUAGAGAAGCUUGUUAACGAGAACAAGUGUCUCUGUCAGAUCGAGCCAUGCUCGGCAGUUCUGGGCUAUGGCAAAAAGGUUGACAAGUCCAUCAAGAAGGGCCUGAAGUGGCUCCUCAACAACAUCGCCAAGGACUACGAGGCCAUUACUGAGCGCGUGCAGAAGGACACGGCCGAGCAGCGUGCUCAGGAGGACCAGGACAAGAAGGAGAGGGCGGAAAGAGUAAGGCGGAUACGAGAGGAGAGAGAACGGCAGGAGCGGGAAGAGGCAGAACGUGAGGGCAGGCAGAUCCAGGAGGAGGAGCCUGAUGAUGAAAACAUGCACAGCCCCUUCCAACCAAUCAGCAACGCGAUCUCUGAGAGCGAGGAUAAAGAAAAGGAGAAGACGAUGCAGGAGGCCCGGGCCAACAGCCCGAACACAAACGAUGAUCAAGAGGAGGAUGAGGACGACAACGAUGAAGAGCCAGAUGACACUAGACAAACAGCAGGAAAUGCCAGUUCAGCCACAACAGGCGAGCAAGACAAGAAGAAGACGACGAGGAAGCUGCACCUGAAGAGGAAGCACAGGGUGGACCCGCUGAGGACCGAGGACGGGCCAACACAGAGCCCCACCCCUCCACCUCCUCCAGUGGGAUGGGCUACACCCAAAGUUUCUAGGCUGCCAAAACUAGAGCCACUCGGGGACUCGAGACAUUCUGAAUUUUACAAGAAGCCUCUCCCGCCUCUUGCGAACAGGCCGCGGCCUAACGGUGACGCUCAUGACAUCAUUUUUUAACCUCCUCCAAUCACAGCUCUCCCCCUUUUUUAUUUUCUUUUAUUUUGCUUUGUGUCUCAAGCGAGCGGUGUGUAGACAACCAAGCACAGAGACACUGCAGACAAGACGGACGACUCCUGCCACGGGAGCCGGUGAGCGCUGAAGUGCGACGGACACGGAACCCUGGAGCAACAUGGAAAAUGAAGACCUGCUCAGAAGCUGUUGUAUGGUUUCACAAGCUCACACAACUCAGUGUAAAUCGCCGAACCUGUAUGAACUGAUUUUAUGUCAGGUUCUUUCUUCACUUGACGUAAGCAUGUUUGGUGCGGAACUUUUUCCGCAACUGUAGACUGAAACUUUAUUUUUUAUUGUUUAUAUCAGUGUUAGACAGCGUGGACCCCAUUUGUCCAGCUGAGAUGCUUUUAAUUGACAAAGAAUGUAAAUAUGUCCGCUAUAACCUUUAUAUAUGUUUAUCUGUUACUGAAUAAUGGAUUUGUAUACACGGCGCCAUUAAAAAUGAUCAUAUUUUAGUUAUUUAUAUAUUUUGCACCUUUGGUUUUGUAGUGUAAACAAAGGUGUAUAUGAUAUCGGGGGAUGAACCUGAAUAUAGAGGUCUUAAGUUUUUGUUUUUUUCCACAGCUGAGUGUUUUAAACGCCAUCUUUUUCAAGUCAGAAACACUUCCCUUUUUUAUUAGUUAUGUGAAAUGAGGACGAGUCACAGCUUGCAAGUGGAAGUAGGUGAAAUGUGUGUCACUUGCUACACUACACUGUACUGUAAAUGGAUGUUACACUAAAUCAUGAUUGUUAAUUGGUCAUAUUUACGUACUGCAAAGUUUUUAUGGCUUUGAAAAGAAAAUCUGUAAUAGCGAAAAAUCUUUUGUCUCUUGGCAGCAGCAUCAUAAAGGAUCUUGUAUUUUUAUUUAUUGUUAAAAUUUAAACAUAUGAAAAUUUAUUUGUCUACAGGGCUAAAGAUUUUUUUUUUACUCAUUCUGCUGUUUACACUGUGUAUCUGUUUUUAAAGUGAUAUUUCUCCUGAGGCAGGAAUCAGCCUCAGACUUGCUGCCUCUCAGGUGGCCCUGACGUGUGAGCCAGCACAGUUGUUCCGGCUUUUCUGCCUCCUGUCUUCUGCACCCAUUCUCACUUUGAAAAUAGCUAAAAUUGCGUCUCAUGAAGCACAGACACAAAUCUGAAAAAAAACAAACAAAAAAACUUGGAACGAUUCAUCGCCCCAGUUAAGUUUCUGUGUGUUGGAAGAGUUUGCAGCGGGACGAUGAGGGAAGAGAAAGUAACACUACCCCGACACCUGGAACAGCCAAUACUGGGUCAGAGCACAUGAGAAUAUGUGUAGCAAAAGUAAGCACAUGAAAUAUCACUUUAAAACUACAAUAUUUCAAAUCUACAGUACAACGCUCUUGUUAAUGAGCUAGAUGUUUGAGGAAAUAUUUUUUCUACCCAGUUUGAAUUUUAUAACCGCACAAUUAAAGAUGUUUUAAAUAUA